AUGAUACCACAAGAUGUGAUUGAAAAAGCCCUAUCCAAAGCCCAAGAAAGCGCAUCACAUAGCUGGGAACACAGCACAGUAUUCGAAGCCUUACUUGAAUACCGCAACCCAUCCUACAGCGUCUUCUCCGCCAACCCAUUUCCAAACGGCGAAGCGCCAAGACUGAAGAUCGAAGACAUCGACGCCCUACGCUAUGUAAGACCACUGAUCCGGACCGAUACCCCAACGCUCAGCGAAGACAACGGCUCAUCAGCAGACCCAACAUCCCUCUGCCUCCCCACCCUCCUCCUCUCCCUCUCCCCCUCCCUGCCCCCCUCAACCCAAACCACCUACUCCACCGCGCUCUCCCGCCAACUCCACACCUUCCUCAACUCAACCCCCCGUUUCCCAAACGGCGCCCUCUCCCACCGCACAACCCACCCCUCACUAUGGUCCGACUUCAUCUACAUGGCACCCCCCAUCCUCGCCUACCUCGGCAUCUCCACCCACGACUUAUCACUCCUCGGUGAAUCCGUGCGCCAGUGCGAAUUAUACUGCCAAGUUUUACGCUCAGAGUCGGGUGCAUGGCGGCACAUUGCCAAUCUCCCCUCCCCCCACCCCUUUUUUCCCACCUACAGUUUCUGGGCAAAGGGGAAAGAGAGUGUGAAGGUGAAACAGGACAGUGGAGCGUGGAGCACGAGUAAUGCCUGGGCGGCCGCGGGCAUGGCUCGUGUACUGGCGACUUUACGCCACUCCCCUUUUGCGGCAGCGACGAUGGAGGAGCAAGGAAGUUUGCGGGGGAUGAUUAGAGGGAUUGUAGAUGCGGCGAGGAGGGUGGAUUCGCAUCCAUCGCGUCUGCUGCGGAAUUAUCUAGAUGAUGACACUGCGUUUGCGGACGUGGCGGGCACGGCGUUGAUGGCUGCGACGGUGUUUAGAGUUGUGCGGUUGCAAGGCCCGGGGGAGGUGGUGUUUGGGGGUGAAUAUACCGCCUGGGCGACGGAGAAGAUGCGAGCUGUGGCGCAGCAUGUUGAUGCAGAAACGGGGGUCGCGGCGCCGGUUGUGAAUUCGCUGAGGGAAGGGGAGGAGAUGCCGUUGGGGGAGGUUAAUCCGGAGGCCCAGGCAUUUGUUGUUUUGCUGUUUGCUGCGUGGCGGGAUUGGAGUCAAGCUGAAUCACUGUAG